UAAAUGUCACACGACCUUGUAGUAGAAAACCAGACGAAUCCAACUGUUAGGCACCAGAAUUCGUGUCAGUCCCGUUCCUCAUGGUCGCCAUGGCUCCUCUCCGAUCUUUAGUGUGUUUACUAGUAUUAUGCUUCUCUACAGCCCAAGAAACAACAGUAGUACCAGGAUGCUAUAUCCGCCAGGCAGAUAUUGUUUUCCUGUUAGAUUCUUCAAACAGUGAAGGAGCCGCCAAUUUCGAAAAACAGAAGGAUUUCGUUUCCACGUUCGCAAAUUCACUUGUCAUCGGUCCCGAUGAUAUCCAGUUAAGUGUGGUGACCUUCGAAUCAAGCAUCCAUAACCAAUUUAACCUAGACACUUACGAAAACAAAACUGACCUCUUGGAUGCAAUUAAAAAUGUUUCCUUCAUAGCUGGUAAUACGCUUACUGAGAAAGCCCUCAACUUUGUUAGAACCGUCAGCUUUACGAACUCUUCUGGCGAUCGUGAGAACGUGGAUAAUAUUCUGGUCGUUUUGACCGAUGGUCACUCUACCGACAGGAACAGCACUCUCGAUGAGGCUGAGAUGCUUCGUAACACAUCCACCAAAGUCAUCACCAUCGGAAUUGGAGCCGACAUCGAUGCCUCCGAGUUAACGGCUAUUGCCUCAGACCCAUCAAAUGCAUUCACUGUCCCUGACUUUGAUGCUCUUUCCGGAAUCCAGAACUCCAUCUCCGCCCAGGCUUGUGUUAAAAUUGUACCAACAACCACCCCCGAGCCAACCACUAUCCCAACCACCACUGAACCACCCUGCAAUGUCACUCAGGCCGACAUUGUCUUCCUGCUUGACGCCUCCAACAGUCUUGGACAAGUCAACUUUGAUCGUCAGAUACAGUUCGUACUUGAUGUGGUCAAUGCUUUGGACAUUGGACCAGAUAACACACAAGUAGCAAUCACCACAUAUCAAACGGUUAUACAUAAUGUGUUUCAACUGAACACGUAUCCAAACAAAAUAGACAUGGAAAACGAAAUCAGAAAAAUACAAUUUAAACCCGGGAAUACCUUCACGGACAAAGCGUUAAAAUACGCUCGAGAGGUGAUGUUCCAACCGGCAAGCGGUGAUCGACCGGAUGUCCGAGAUGUACUGAUUCUGAUGACCGAUGGACAAUCUUCUGACCGGAACGGGACGUUGAAUCAGGCUGAGGAAAUCCACAAUAAGACCCAGAUUGAUGUCAUAACCAUAGGAGUUGGAAAUGCAAUCGACAAUGCAGAAUUACUUGCAAUUGCGUCCCAGCCGUCUUACUCCUUGUCGGUAGAUGAUUACUCUGAGUUGAACAGCAUACUCGCAGAGCUUGGAUUUCAGACAACAGGAUGCAUCAUCACUCUGCCAUCGACAAUAUCAACGACGACAACUACAACAGAAGCAACAACAACGAUCACUACGACACCGCCGGUUCCUUUGGACCUCGAUUGUAACAGAACAGUUGCUGAUGUUUUAUUUCUUGUGGACUCUUCGGGAAACGUUACCAGAGAACAGUUUCAACAGGAGAAAGAUUUUAUUUCGAAGAUAGUAGAAGAGUUUACCAUCAGUCCCAACGAUGUCCAGGUGGCCUAUGCGACAUUUUCAGCAGAGGUCCACAGCAGUUUCUUAUUAAACAAAUGGAACAACAUCAGUAAUAUCCUUGAAGGCAUUUCAAACACUGUCUACUCGCCUGGAAUAUCGAUGCCCAGUUUGGCUUUAACAUUUUCUGAAUCAGUAUUCAAACCGGAAAAUGGUGACAGGGCUAACGCAACAGAUAUUGUCUUCUUGAUCAGCGCCGGAGAGACAGUGGAUGCGUUAGAAACUAGUAUAGAAGCCCAAACUCUCAAGGAUAAUAAUAUUACCAUUGUCACCUUUGCUUUGGACAACUCAACUGAACUUCAGAAUAUUGCAUCCCCAUCAUUCGCCAUCAAAGACGUAAACACUACAACAGCCGGUCUGCCUGCCCAAGUUAAAGCAAUGAUAGAUCAAAUAUCGGGCCUUGUUCCCUGUCCAACUACUACGCCUGCUACAACACCAACCUUACCGACUACUCCAACGACUAUCCCAACUACAACCACGACAGUUACUGACGCUUGUAGUAAGACUGUGGCUGACGUCUUGUUUCUCGUGGAUUCUUCAAACAGUGUCGAUGACGAUAGGUUUCAAGCCGAGAAGAACUUUACAUCUCAGGUUAUCCAACAAUUCACAAUAGGCCCUGAUGAUGUUCAGAUCGCUUAUCUGACAUUCGAAUCAGUCGUACACCCUCAAUUUCAAUUUAACACGUUCAACAACUCUGCCGACGUUCUUGAUGCCGUUCAGGCUACAAAUUUCACGCCAGGGAAUACAUUUACCAACCUCGCAUUGCAAUAUGCCCGUGAAAAUAUUUUCACACCAGAAAACGGUGACAGGGCAAAUGUUACUGACAUUAUCAUUCUUAUGAGUGAUGGCCAAUCGACUCUACCGUCAGAAACUGCAAUUGAAGCUGACCUUAUUAAGGCCCAAAAUGUAACUAUUGUAACCUUUGCUAUAAACACGAAUACGGAUGGCUUGCCUGAAUUGCAGGAUAUAGCAUCACCAACAUAUGCUGUAAAUACAUCAUUUCCGGGACUCAUUUCGAAAGUUAAUGGCUUGGUUGACACAAUUUCCGGACUAUCGUUCUGUCCCCCGACUGUUCCUACCACUCCUCCACCCUGCUACACCCCUGAAGCGGACAUCGUAUUUUUGAUGGAUUCGUCAAACAGCCUUGGGCCGGAUAAUUGGGAAAAGGAGAAGGAAUUUGUAAAGAAUCUUAUAGGCGAUCUAAAAGUAGGUACCAAUGACAUGCAGGUCAGUGUCGUCACAUAUGAAUCCAACCCCGCUGUCCAGUUUUACUUAAAUCAAUAUGACAACAAAAAUGAUGCGAUGUCAGCUGUUACGAACAUAUCGUUCCAUACUGGAAACACCUUGACGGGGAAAGCUUUGGAGUUCGUCCGUGAUUCCGUGUUCGUCAGUGCAGCCGGUGAUCGUCCUAAUGCGAACAACAUACUGGUUGUCCUUACCGAUGGCAAAUCAAGCGACUCCCAGGUAACUCUGGAACAGGCUUCUCUGUUGAAAAACGACAGCGUCAAGGUCUUUGCCAUUGGAAUCGGACUUACUGACGAUGGAAAGGAUGAACUAGGAGCUAUUGCUACUGACGAAAAUCAUGUCUUCCAAACUUCCGAUUUCUUCACGCUUUCAUCGCUUCAAUCGGAAAUCGAGCUUACUCAAGUCGAUUGCAUCAGCACUACCGAACCACCUAUGACAACAACUCCUACAACCACGCCCACAACAACGUCUGUUCCAGAUUGUGAUCAGAGGCGAGCUGACAUCAUAUUUGUACUAGACUCUUCAAACAGCGAGGGACUUGAGAACUUCAACAAGCAACUCGAUUUUGUUAAAAACUUCGUUGAACUGGUCAAAAUUGGUCCCAACAACGUACAAGUAGGAGUAGUAACGUUUGAAUCUGAAGAACAUAACGAGUUUGAUUUGAAUGAGCAUUUGAAUUCGAAAGAUCUGGUAAAUGCUAUUGAUAGUAUUACUUAUAAGCCUGGCAAUACAUUUACCGGAAAAGCAUUAGCCCUGGUAAACAAUCACAGUCUAACUGUUGCCGCCGGUAAUAGGCCGUCUGUAGACGAUAUUGUCAUAGUCAUGACGGACGGCCAGUCUACUGACCAAAAUGAAACACUAGAGGAAGCCGCUUCGCUGAAAUCGUCGUAUCCAGACAUCGACAUAUUCGCCAUAGGGAUCGGGGCCGCCGUUAAUGAUGAAGAAUUAGCAGCCAUCGCCACUAGCAGCAACAAUAUCUAUCAUGCACCAAAUUUCCAGUUUAUAUCCGAGAUCUUGCCUCUACUUGGAAACAGCACCUGUCUCCCACCUCCAACGGAAAAAGAUUGUGAUAGCAAGAAGGCAGAUGUGGUUUUCUUACUUGAUUCAUCAACCACUGAAGGGCCGGACAAUUUCCAGAAGCAACUCGAUUUUGUUAAUUUAUUCGCAAACAAUGUCAACAUUGACGUAAAUCAUGUCCUUGUAAGCGUAAUAACAUACUCGUCAAACCCAAUCAACCAAUUUUAUCUGAAUGCCUAUACCAAUCGUUAUGCAUUGGAUCAAGCUCUCAUGAACAUACCUUACGUUGGCGGAAAUACUUUCACCGAUUCGGCUUUAAAACUAGCAAGAGAAAAUAGCUUCCUGUCUUCAAAUGGAGCUCGACCGGGUGUAGAAAACGUGAUUAUACUUCUAACUGAUGGAGGAUCUACAGAUUCUAACGCGACCAUCAACGAAGCAGAACUUGUCCACAAUUCACCAGACAACAUCACCGUUUACACGAUUGGAAUCGGGUUAGGCAUUGACACUAAUGAACUGCAGAUGAUAGCCACAGAUGAAAACACCACUUUUUAUGUAGACGAUCUUUCCAGUCUUUCUGGUUUAAUUGGUGCAAUUGGAAAUCAAUUCUGUAAUGGAACAACACUAGAGCCAGCACCAACAACAUCAACUGAGAAUCCUCGAACAACGGCCCCUAUCACCGCACCUACCAUUCCAAGUCUUCCAGUCCCCUGUGCCUACAAGAAAGUCGACAUGAUUUUCCUCCUUGACACCUCAAACAGUGAGGGGCCCUCUAACUUUGCCAUCCAGAAGAACUUCGUUUACAAUGUUGCUCAGAACUUCGAUAUCGGACUAGAUGCAGUCCGCGUUGGUGUGGUCACUUUCGCUUCAAACGUCUUCAACCAGUUUAAUCUGUCCACCUAUGACAGCAGAGGCGAGGUCCUGCAGGCUAUUUCAAAGGUUCCUUUUACUCCCGGAAACACCAUCACAGAGGCAGCACUCAAGUUUGUACGUGAGGAAAGUUUCACCCCCGAGGCUGGUGAUCGACCAGAUGUCGGCAAUGUCCUUGUCGUACUGACCGAUGGUCAGUCAACGGACGAGAACGAGACCAUAGCGGAGGCCGCUGCUCUCCAUAACACAAGCACGAAAGUCAUUUCCAUUGGAAUUGGUGCCGGUGUAAAUGCUGCCGAAGUUACCCAAAUCGCUUCCGAUCCUAGCUUAGCCUACACUGUGGCAGAUUUCAACGCUCUUAAGGGAAUACAAGUAGAGGUUGAGAAAUCUGCAUGUGUUGACGCAAUUGUUUGCGAGGACAUGGAAGAUUGUGAGAGCAUGGGAAAGGCGGUCUGUAAGAGGUUCGAUGGCUGGGCACGGAGGAACUGCGCGAAAUAUUGUGAAUAUUGCAAAUUACCUCAAUAAAAAUCAGAUAGUAUAGAAGAAUUAUUUAGGCCAUUCCAUCAUUGUCUAGCAGUUUCUCAUAUCGUUUCACUCGGAAAAGGGACAUCACCUCUUUAUGGUAUUUCUUUGUAGCUUUUCAAUAAAUCACACAAUUUUAGUAACAUAUA